AUGGCGCAACGAGGUGAAGCCGCCGACUAUUACACUGGUGGUGCGCCACCCCAGCAACCCCAAGACGCAUACAAGGGUCAGCCGUAUGGGCAACAACCACCCCAGUACGGCCAGAACUAUGCGCCGCCUCAAGGCCCACCGCCAAUGCAGCAGCCGAAUGGCUACGAACAGAAUGGCUAUGGCGACAACAAGCAAACCUUUGAACAAACGUUCAAGCUGGACAAGCCCAAGUACAACGACUGGUGGGCGGGAUUGCUCUUCAUUGCAGUGUUUCUCGGCUACGUCGCGGUCAGCGCAAUCUCGAUUCGGGGAUAUUCGCGAACCAACAGCGGUGGCAUCUACGGCGGCGACACGAAUAAUUUCGCGCUCAAUUCAAACACCAUCAUCCUCUUCGCGUUCGUCCUUGGCUUAGCCAUCGUCUUCAGCUAUGCAUACAUGUGGGCUGCGCGCAAGUUCACCAAGCAGUUCAUCUGGAUCACCGGCAUACUCAACAUCAUCUUCGGUUUUGUCACCGCUAUCUACAUGCUGUCCAGGAGAUAUUGGUCGGGAGGCAUAGUCUUCCUGCUCUUCAGCGUGUUCUAUGUCUUCUGCUUCAUCAGCUGGAUUCCUAGAAUUCCGUUCAGUGUCCUUAUGUUGCAGACCGCCAUCGACGUGUCGAAGAAGUACGGGCACACUUACAUCGUAUCGUUGGUAGGAGGAUUGCUUGCCGCCGCAUUGGGCGCAUGGUACUCGGUCACUCUGGUGUCGAUCUAUGUCCAGUAUACCCCGAAUGGCGCCAAUUCGAAUUGCAGGAACGGUGUCGGUGAUUGUGGAAAUGGCAAAGUUAUUGGCUUGCUCGUCUUCGUUACUUUUGCCAUGUACUGGAUCUCAGAAUGGCUCAAGAACACAAUCCACACUACCAUCUCCGGCGUAUACGGAUCAUGGUACUUCAACCCGAACUCUAUGCCCAAGGGCGCAACCCGUGGAGCCUUCAAGCGCUCAGUCACCUACAGCUUUGGCAGCAUCAGUCUCGGAAGUUUGCUUGUGGCCAUCAUCCAGUUCCUGCGCCAAAUCUGCUCAGCUGCUCAGCGCAACGCGGCCAGCGACGGCAACCUUGUUGGCGCAAUCCUAUUCUGCGUCUUGGGCUGCUUGAUUAGCAUCUUGAACUGGGCUGUCGAGUUCUUGAACAGAUACGCGUUCAGCUAUAUUGCGCUUUACGGAAAGAGUUACGUCGCCGCUGCGAAGGAUACAUGGAAGAUGAUCAAGGACCGCGGUAUCGAUGCGCUGGUGAAUGAAUGCUUGAUUGGACCAGUGCUUUCCAUGGGAGCCACUUUCAUCGCCUAUGCCUGCGCGCUUCUGGCUUACCUCUACCUUAUCUUCACAUCGCCUGCCUACAAUUCAGAUGGAGGUUACACUCCAGUUGUAGUAGCAUUCUCCUUUUUGAUUGGCCUCCAAAUUUGCAACAUUUUCACCACGCCCUUGAGCAGCGGUAUCGACACCAUUUUCGUUGCGAUGGCGUGGGAUCCCGAGGUACUUAUGCGUGAGCACCCAGACCUCUACCACCGCAUGAUAGCUGUGUACCCGCACGUGCAACAGGCUAUCCACGCAUAA